AUGACCUCCUUCCUCCGCCGUUUUAUGAGCACAGCGUCUGCUGCUGCAAAACCCAUGUCGAAAGUCUUCUUUGAUAUCACGAUCGACUCGAAGCCUGCCGGUCGCAUUGUCUUCAAGCUGUACGAUGACGUCGUGCCCGAGACCGCGCGGAACUUCCGCGAGCUCGCGACCGGCCAGCACGGCUUCGGCUACCAGGGCAGCGGCUUCCAUCGCAUCAUCCCAAACUUCAUGCUCCAGGGUGGCGACUUCACAAGACACAACGGCACGGGCGGCAAGUCGAUUUAUGGUGCAAAAUUCUCUGAUGAAAACUUCGACCUCAAGCAUACCAAGCCCGGUCUCCUGUCCAUGGCGAACGCUGGCCCUGACACCAACGGCUCACAGUUCUUCAUCACGACUGUGGUGACGUCAUGGCUCGACGGCCGGCACGUUGUGUUCGGCGAAGUCGUCGACGGUAUGGAUGUCGUCAAACAAGUUGAGGCUGCGGGCAGCGAGUCCGGUCGGCCGAAAACUCGCGUCGUCGUCGCCUCCUCCGGCACCGUCGACGAGUAG